AUGUCCGCCCUGUGGAAUUGGCUCUUCAGCAAACAAGUCGCACCUGCACGCGUCCCGACCGAUACCGUAAUCCCGUUGUUUCGCCUCGACGAUACUCUGGCGAAUCGCAGUCUGGCGUUUGACUAUACCAUGCAGUUUGAAGAGGUGCUGGAUGCGGAGAAGCUGGCGGGUGCGCUGUGGAGGUUGAUUGAGCGGCCGGGGUGGAGGAAACUGGGGGCGCGGUUGAGGGACAAAAACGCCCUCGAAUACCACAUCCCAACCCACUACACCCCCUCACGCCCACCCCUCGUCUUCACAAAAUCCCACCACCCUUGCCCCCUCUCCCAACAUCCCCUACACAGCCGCCUCCCCCGCUCAAACAACACGCUGCGCAGCUUCGACACCACCGUGCCCCUGCGCGAGGCCCUCGAACUGCAUGGCCACCCGCGCUACCUGGCCGAUUGGCUGUACGCCGAUGUCCCGCAGCUGGGGCUGCAUGUGGUGAAUUUUGAGGAUGCGACGUUUGUGACGCUGGUGUGGGGGCAUACGCUGUUGGAUGCCAUGGGGAGGCGUGUGUUGCUUGAGGCGUGGGUGGCGGUGUUGGAGGGGAGGGAGGGGGAUGUGCCGGGGUUUGUGGGGUGGGAUGUUGAUCCGCUGGAGGGGCUUGGUGUUGAGCCUGGUGUUGAGCCUGGUGCUGGUGCUGGUGCUUCUCCUGCUGUGGUAUCCAAGUCAAGUGUGCAGGAAAAGGAACCGGGACCGACAGAAGCACAACCCGCAAUCGAGCUCGAGGACUUUGUCCUCAAAGACGACUUACUCACCGGCUGGGCCAAAUUCCGCUUCAUCUUCAACUUCCUCUGGGAAGCCAUCUUCCACCCCUCGGAAUCCACACGUACAAUCUGCAUCCCAGCCCUCUACUUCUCCAAACUCCGUCACAAAGCCUUCGCCGACCUAGCCAGCGCGCCACCCAACCUCCUCACCUACAACACCAAAUCCCCCACCACCAACACCAACCCGACCCCCUUCCUCACAGACGCCGACAUCCUCCUAGCCUGGACCCUCCGCCUCCUGACAACCAGCAACCCAACCCUACACCCCAACCCCCUCCUAACCCUCAACAUCCUCAACCUCCGCCCCCUCCUCUCCACCCCAUCCCCACCCCACCCGCCCCUCCUCCCACCCAGCCCCCAACACGCCUACCUCCACAACUGCCUGGGCGUCGCAUACACGCUCUUCCCGCGCGCCGGCGCCCUGCUCGCCCAACCCCUCGGCCACACCGCCGCCCAGCUGCGCAGGGACCUGGUGGUGCAGCGCACACGCGCGCAGGUUGAAGCGUGGCAGCGGCUUGCGCGGCGGAAUGUGCAUUUGCUGUUUGGAAGCGCGGGGAUGGGUAUUUCGGCGUUUUCGAAUUGGAGUCGGGCGAGGCUGUAUGAGGUGGAUUUUAGGGCUGCGGUUGUUGGGGGGCAGGGGGUGGGGGUGGAGGGGGAUGGGAUGGUAGUGCAGGAUGGUGGAGAUGGGUGGAAUGUUGAGAGCAGUUCUACUACGAGUUGGAGGAAGCCAGCCAGACCGAUAUUAAUCCGACCUGAUGGCACAGCUAGCAAGGGCUUCAUCCUGCGUGGCUCUGGGAACUGCAUCGGCGUUGAUCAUAAUGGCGAUGUCUGGAUUACUGUCAUGCUGCGGACGGAGUUUGCGCGUCGUCUGGAUAAGGAGAUUGAGGCGUUGAGGGGGGCGGAUUGGGUUUAA